AUGAAACUUCCAUUCAAGAAAUCCGGCACUGAAGCCGCCGGGUCCCCGCCACUAACCGAUCUAUCGAACGAAUCCCCUGAUCAUGAAAAGCGAGCUGGCAAUUGGGACGAAUCGCGUGUGCCAUGGAUUACAUGGCGGUCCGUACUACUCGGCGCGUUUGUGUCGAUUGGUGGUAUUAUUUUUGGAUAUGAUACUGGACAGAUUUCGGGCUUCUUGGAAAUGCACAAUUUCAAGCAACGGUUCGCCCAAUUGAAGCCUGAUGGGACAUAUAAGUUUAGUAAUGUUCGAUCUGGAUUGAUUGUUUCCCUGCUCUCCAUUGGAACCUUGAUAGGAGCCCUACUUGCUGGUCCAUUGACAGAUCGAAUUGGUCGAAAAUGGUCCAUCUUCUUUUGGUGUAUCAUUCUACACGUUGGAUUAAUUAUCCAGAUCUCGUCACCGUCAGGAAAAUGGUAUCAAAUGAUGAUGGGUCGAUUCGUGACUGGAUUCGGCGUGGGAGCAUGUUCCCUUCUCGUUCCUAUGUAUCAGGGUGAAAUUGCACCACGACAUAUUCGAGGUGCAAUGGUCUGCUCAUACCAGCUCUUUGUAACACUGGGCAUCUUCGUGGCAUAUUGUAUAAACUUCGGCACCGAAAGCAUGAACAGCUCGGCUUCAUGGCGAAUUCCCCUUGGAAUUACAUUCCUCUGGGGUCUCGUGCUGGGAAUAGGAAUCCUCUUUUUCCCUGAAAGUCCUCGAUUCGACUUUCGACAUGGACGGGUUGACCGCGCCACAAAGACCAUGUCCAAAUUAUACGGUGUACCUGAGAACCAUCGUGUGAUUGUUCACGAGAUAGCCGAGAUCCAAGAACAGUUAGAUGCCGAGAAAGGCUCGCGAGGUGGCAUAUAUGGAUGGGUUGAGAUGUUCCAGGCGCCUCGUAUGCCCUAUCGAAUCGUUCUUGGGGUUGUGCUUCAAGCUCUACAGCAACUGACUGGUGCCAAUUACUUCUUCUAUUAUGGAACGGUCAUUUUCAACGGCGCCGGAAUCAGCAACACAUAUGUAACACAAAUGAUUCUUGGCGGAGUGAACUUCGGCACGACCUUUGGAGGACUAUAUGUGAUUGAGCAUUUUGGACGACGCAAGUCCCUCAUUGCAGGCGGGAUCUGGAUGUUCAUCUGUUUCAUGGUCUUUGCAUCGGUGGGCCAUUUCUCACUUGAUGUGAAAACACCACAAAAUACACCGGGUGCAGGAAAAGCAAUGGUCGUGUUCGCCUGUCUGUUCAUUACCGGGUUUGCCAUGACCUGGGGACCGAUGGUAUGGGCGAUUGUUGCCGAGUUGUAUCCAUCGCGAUAUCGAGCUCGAGCGAUGGCGAUGGCGACCGCUUCGAAUUGGUUGUGGAAUUUCUUGAUUGGAUUUUUCACCCCGUUUAUUACCAGCGAUAUCGAUUUCGCUUAUGGAUAUGUGUUUGCGGGGUGCUUGUUCUUUGCAGUGAUCAUCGUCUAUUUCUUUGUCAUUGAGGGCAAGGAUAAGACGUUGGAGGAGAUGGAUAUGAUGUAUGUGAUGCGGGUGCCGCCGUGGAAGAGUAGCAAGUGGCAACCUCCAGCGCCGGAAGAAAGACUUACUACCGAUCAGCUUAUGGAUCGGAAGGUGGCCAAGAAGUACGACAAAGAGGAGACUACGAACAAGAAGGUGGCUGAGGGUGCCCCUGGACAUUCUCAUGCUGAGGAUGCGAAUGACGCAGGACCUUCGAACUAUUGA